UGUUCUGUAUUAAGGGUUUGGUUCUCGGAUUCCGACAGAUUUGAGAAAAUUUUCAAAUUAGGGUUUCAAACGUAUUUGGGGCAAAAUCGAUUUAGGGAUUCUUUGGGGGUUUAGAUAGGGUUUCCAAACGUUUAUGGUUUGUAUCGGUCUCGGAUCUCCUCUCUGUGUGUUAUACGGAUUGAAACCGUAUCGGGUUUGUUUCUUAAUCGGUUGUCGUUUCUUAAUUAGCUGUUUUCUUCUUAAAAUUUGUUUCUUGUCGUUGGUUUGCUACCUUCUCCUUCAUGUGCUUUUGAUUAUUUAACAUUGUUUGUUGUUGUUCUUUAACAUACGUAAUUGAUUAACGUUGUUCUUACUCGUUAUUUGCUGUUGAUUUAAUUGGUCCUUAACUAAGUGUUUACUUGUUUUGGUUGCAGAUAAACGAUCAUGGGACGAUACAGUUACAGCCAGCCUUCUUCAUCCUCACACUCUCCAGACUUAACCUCCCUCCUUGAAGCCGAAUGUGAGAUGUACGCGGCUGAAGCUGAGAUUACUCGGUGGAAUGCAGAAGCCAGUGACUGGGAACCAUCAGCAGAGGGUGAUGAUGGCAUCCCAAGGACAUGCUACUGUGGUUCAGAGCCAGUUCACGGAUACUCCCAAACGCCAAAAGAUCCAUACCGACGUUACAUAACGUGCCACAAUGUCGAUGAUAGAGACUGCCACGUCUGGAAAUGGUGGGACGUGGCGGUGGAGGAGGAGCUGAGAGAGUUUCAGAGGGAGCUUAAUGCGGUUAAGGGUGAAGCGAAUCAACGUGAGCAGAAGUUACUCCGUCUUGAGAAGCAAGUUUCCGAGUUCACAAAGAAGAAAUCAGGAGCUAAGCUAAUGGUCUUCAGCUUAGUGUUAGGGUUGGUGUUGCUUAUUGUGCUAGGUGAGUUACUUUAAUCAAGAUUAAUAAUUAGUUCUCUUUGGAAUAUUAUUAAAUCAUUGUAUCUUUUUUUUUAAUAAUGCAAUUAAUAAAAUUUCAAUUUUAAUUUUUUUUUUUAAAAAUAUUAUUUUAUUUCUAAGGACUCAUUCUUCAGGAUCACCAUUGGACGAGUAUUUUAGAUCCGAAUCCUUAACUAAUGAAAAAAAAAAUUAUAUGCUUAAAAUAUUGUUAAGGACUCAAGUGGGAGUAUCACCAUUGGACAUGGUCUUAAGUGUAUAGAGUAAAAAUAGUUCAGACCUAACUGUAUAGAGAAAGGGAGCGCUCUUUAGUAAACCAAGUCGUUCUUUUUCCUCCUUUUCUCCUUCCAAACAAGGAAAAUGACGAAUCCUUCAGAAAAAGUUGUAGUUAAAUGGGUGAAUGACACACGGGGUCGAGUUUGUUGGGUAAUACUGGCUAGCCUCUGCCUAUGUGGAUUCAAACAGUUGAUGGAAGUCUUCAAAGACGAGAGCCAAGUUAUCUACAAGUAUGUUGGGAUGAGUUUGGUGUCUCUCUACGUGAUUUUACUGGUCAAGUCUCUGUGCUCUGAAACUCCAACCAUAGCUUAUAGGUCUGGUUCCUGUCUACGGUCGUUUGUGCCGUUGGUGUUUUUCUUCAUCAUCUUCACAAUCUAAUAUCACCGAACCCUAGGAGUCUCUAUAGUCUAUUCUCACUUUAUCCAUCCUUUUUGGUGUAGUGGCUUUAGUGCAAUUGCUUUUUCCGAUAUAUGAGUUCUAUGUGGGUUAUGUUAUGGUCAUCAUAGCUUUGGAGAUCUCUGUAGCUUACGGUGUUGUUGACAAUGAUCUUGAUGAGGUCAUGGCGUCAUGCCUUCGGGUUUAUUUUCUCCUAUAUUUUCUUGUGUGAGAUGAUAAUUGGUGUUUAUCAACUAUCCAGGAAAUCACCGCUUCUUUAAUCGCUAUUGACAUGUUUCUUCAUCAGUUUUACUUGUGUUUUUAAUCUUCCUUUGUUUCAUCUUAAUUAUUUCAGUUUGAGUAGUUUAUCUUUAUGAAUGUAAUUUUUGUCAAAGUUAAUGUUAAGCCCAUAAAAAUAAGCUAUAUUGAUCGAGCUAGCAAACCAUAUUGAUUGAGCUUGUUCGAAAUACGAAAACAUGAAAGUGACGAAAGUUUAAUUUCUGCUGGUUCAAUUGGGUAACUAACUCUCACCAAUUGACAUAUCAAAAUAUAUAUACUUAAUAUACAGAAUAUACAGACUUGGCUCUACUUGGCGGUUUAACAUUGGAGUUUUCACUUCUUUUUAUUCAUACUUGUGUCUAUAUGCUCCUCCAACUUAAGGCACAAAUUAGAGCCAAGUCUCCCCGUUAGGAAACUGUAUAUAAUGCAUUAUUUUCCGUCACCAGACAGCAAAUGUAAGACGUUUGAAAGUUGCACUAUAUUUUGAAAUCAUUUUCAAGUCUGUAUAAUAACAUAUAAAGAUGCAACAAACAUCUCAGUUUCCAUGAUUAGUAGUGGCCACUAUAAAUGACAAGUACCGCUUAGUCUCUCCAGAAUGCAUAAAUGUAGUUGUCAAUGUGUAAUAUUAAUAGAAGUUUUAGCUGUCAGUGUGGUGAUUUUGGAAGUAAUUUAUUUAAAUAUCAGAGGUGCCAGGUUCGAUUUUUCUCUAAUACCUUUCUCUUUUCAAA